AUGUCGUCUGCUCAUGAUGCCACCACCAAGAUCUCCAUUGACAAGUUCGACGGCGACAACUACGCGACGUGGAGCCGCUACAUGCGUGGCGUGUUCCUGACUAAGUCGACGUGGUACGUGGUGAACCGGGAGACGUCGCCGACCUACGCGGACGAUCGCGCCAUGGACGUCUACGUCAAGGCCAACAACAUCGCUUUCGGACUUAUGUUGCUGCACAUGGACGCAGACUACCAUCACAUCGUCGAUGACUGUGAAGAGGCGUGGGUCGCGUGGGCGCGUUUGAAGACGCUGUACGGCGGGUCGCAGAAGGCUGGACGCAUCUACUUGAAGCUCCAGCUGUUCAGCAUGGAGAUGGCGGAAGGCGGCAAUGUGAUGCAUCAUUGCAACAAAGCCCUCAACAUCAGCGCGAAGCUCAGCAGUAUCGGCGCCAAGAUGGAGGACGAGGAAGUGGCGAUCUGCUUGUUGCGCAGCCUCCCCAAGAGCUACGAGAACGUCGUUCUCAACUCGGAGAUGAGCAGCGCGGAACUGCGAUCGCGAGACGUCGUGAGAGUGCUCACGAAUGAGCACAUCAAGAGGCAAGGUGACAAGACGAUAUCGGUGGAGACUGGAGACGCGGAGAAGGCGUUCAGUGCUGAGCGUGAACCUCGCCAGUGUACGUACUGCGGCAAAUUGGGGCACACGGCGGAGCGGUGCUGGACCAAGAAGAAGGACGAAAACAUAGGAGGAGCUCUACGCGCCGGCAACAAUGCUCGUAGACGCGGAGCCAACAACGUUCAGUGGCGAACCAACAGCAACUACGACGACGACUACGAUCGAGUUGCGUUCGCGGUUUCGUUGGAGGCUGGAUUUUCAACGGGCAAGAAUAUGCCAGGGAUGUGGGCAGUCGACAGCGGUGCGACGCAUCACAUCUGCAACGGCAAGGCCAAGUUUGCAAGCCUGAAUGAGCGAGAGGAAGGCGAACUAUCAGUGGCUGAUGGCAGCAAGGCUGCUAUCAAGGAUGUGGGAACCAUCAUGGAACGGGUGGUUCUGCCCAAUGGUGACGAACGCGACAUCGAGAUCAAGGACGCACUGUUCGUACCAAGUAUGAGCAAGAAUCUGCUUUCGGUGCCACAGAUCAACAAGGGUGGCAGGUUCCAAGUCGUGUUCGAUGGGUCCAAGAUGCAAGCGAAGCGCAAGAAUUCCACACAAGUCGUGGCAACAGCGGAUCUCGUCGAUGGACUUUACUGGCUGCGGACUCCUCAACGAUCGGCAAAUGCAGCAACACGCAAUGGGACUAUCGACUUGCAUGCGCGCAUGGGUCAUGCACCCUUCGAAGUUCUGCGCAAGAUGGUGGCCACUGGCAUGAUCAAGGACGCCAAGGCACCUCUCAACUCGACUGGUCCAAGUGUGUGUCGCGGUUGCCAGCAAGGAAAGAUGGUCCAAAAAAUAUUCCCAACCAACCGUGACAAACGCCAAUAUGGUGUGUUCGAGUUGCUGCACUUCGACAUCUGCGGGCCAAUGGAACAAGUCUCGAUCGGCGGCAGCAGAUACUUACUGCUUGUGGUUGACGAAGCCAGCGGUUGCAUGAAGGGCUUCUGUCUGCGGUCCAAGUCUGAGAGUGAAGUCUGUAUCAAGAACCACAUCAUCAAGAUUCAAACUCAGUUCGGCACGAAGAUCAAGUUUAUCACAUUGCCGUAUGCACACCAGACCAACGGCACCGCAGAACGCGCGAUAAGGACCAUCGUCACGAUCGGACGCAGCUUGUUGCAUCGUGCAAAGCUGGAGAAGUGUUUCUGGGCUGAAGCGGCAAUGACGGCGAUCUACAUCAAGAACCGCCUGCCUUCAUCCAAGAUCGACCACAAGACUCCGUUCGAGAUCGUGUACAAGUCGAAACCAAGUGUCAAGCACAUGCGCGUGUUUGGAUGUCGGGCGUUUAUCCUGACACCAAGGGAGAAGCGAUUGAAGUGGGACCCGAAGGCUCGUGAAGGGAUGUUUAUGGGCUACGAAGAAGCGUCAAAAGCUUAUCGAGUGUACGACAUUGAGGCGGGCCAAGUGGUGAUCAGUCGUGACAUCACCUUCGACGAAUCGACUUUUGACUUUUCGAUGGACCGACCAAGUGACGAUGAUGAAGAUGCGGAGUUGGACCUCGACCUCCUGGCGAUCAACGAGGACGACGUGCAUCAAACCGUCUACAAGCAAACUGGCAAGCGCAAGAGUGAAGCAAGACCCGGCAUGUCACGUUCAGCUCGCCCUCGAACUGGGUUGGAACAAGCAAGUGCGCCGGAACACGUCUCCAACCGUCACCAGAAACGACGAUCAAGUGCUCCAGAAACGAUGUCUGAUGAAGAAGAAGAUGCAAACGUCUACGAUCAAGAUGACGACUCGACGCCUCCAACAUUUUGGCGUGCAAGCGCAAACGCAGUGGAAGCAACGGACCUAGCAGAACCUGUGACUUUUCAAGACGCGAUCAAUUGUCCUGAUCAAGCUCACUGGCGAAAUGCUGUGAAGGCGGAACUCAAGUCGAUGCAUCUUCGUGGAGUUUUCCGUGCGGCAAAACUGCCAAGAGGCCAAGGCGCGAUCGGCACCAAGUGGGUGUUCAAGAUCAAGCGCAAAGCGGAUGGAUCGAUGGAUGGCGACUUCGACUGUCUCGAGUUGGUGAAGGCGAUCUACGGUCUCAAGCAAGCUUCACGUGUGUGGAACGAGACUUUCGACGAGUUCGUAUGCUCUAUCGGUUUCAAAGUGUCGGCGUUCGACCCAUGUCUCUACAUCAAGGUUGUCGACGGUCACUGUGUGCUCGUGCUGGUCUACGUGUAUGACGUGUUGGUCACCGGCAGCUCGCUCGAGUUGAUUGCGCAGACGAAGGCCGACCUCAAGACGCGUUUCGAGAUGACCGACAGUGGCAAGUGUACUUUUGUACUGGGCAUCGAACUGGUGGACGAAUCGGAUGGCAGCGUGACGAUGUGCCAGCGACGGUGUGUCAACGACAUCCUCAAGCGCUUCGGCAUGGAUGAGUGCAAGGCCACAGCAAGUCCGGUCGACUUGAGCACUCGGCUUGUCGCAAGCAGCGAAUCGGCCAAGAUCGACGUUCCGUUUCGUGAAGCUGUGGGAGCUUUGAUGCACUUGACGACUGCGACGCGCCCGGACAUUGCGUAUGCUGUAGGGUACGUCUCGCGCUUCAUGGAGAAUCCGCAGCAAGAACAUUGGACGGCAGUGAAGCGCAACUUUCGUUACUUUCAAGGAACCAAGUCGCACGAACUCCGCUUCCAGCCAAGCGACAAGAUCGACUUUCGUGGCUACUCGGACGCGGACUGGGCCGGCGACCACGCUGAUCGCAAGUCGACUUCAGGUUACACUUUCAUGCUGAUGGGUGCUCCUGUGAGUUGGGGAAGCAAGAAGCAGUCAAGUGUGUCGCUGUCGACGAGUGAAGCGGAAUACAUCGCACUGAGUCUGGCCAUCCAGGAAGGCAAGUGGGUGCAUCGCCUGCUAUGCGAGAUUUUGGCGGCCGCAAACGAACCAGGACCGGACCUCGUCAUCCGUGAAGACAAUCAGUCGUGCAUCAAGACGACGAAUAAUCCUGUCAACCAUGGCCGUGCCAAGCACGUCGACAUCAAGUACCAUCACAUCCAUGAUGAGGUCAAGCGCGGUGAAGUGCAGCUCGAGUAUUGCGAGACUUCCGUGAUGAUGGCGGACAUCAUGACCAAGGGACUUUCGGGACCUCGCCACAAGGACUUGACGACGGCUCUCGGCAUUCGUGCGAGUUCGGAUUGA